UGUUAAAUUAGAAGUGAGUGGGGGGAGAGGAUAAAUAACUUAAAGGAAUUAAAAUUGUUUGCUUUAUCAACAAUGAGUGUUUAUACAUGAAAAAGUAUGUAUGAAUAUAAGUCCUAAUAUAAUAUAUGAAAAGAAAAUGUGAAAACGCAAAAUCUCUAAUUCUCAUUGGUUGAAGAAGGGUCGGGGCUAGGAAACCUGUCAAAAGAAACUUGGGGAAUCUUCAGAACAGCACCAGACAAAAAGCACAGCUCCUCGUAAACAUGGAAUGCAAAGCUUGGGUAAAGUACCAUCUACACGGCGAGCUCCUGUCAAUUUACCAAGUUUAAAAUCUGAGCAUAGUGGAAGUGACCCGACAGUAAGUCUAGUUCCAACUGGAGGUACAGGAUGGGGAAGCAAGUCAUCAGAUGCACCUCCUAUCACAUCAACAUCACCGGUGAGUACUACGAGUGGGCAAACCCCGGGUACAAAUGCCCCUGCUGUCGUGGGGACGGCCCCUGUGCCACAGACCAACAUCACACCGACACCACCACAACCUCCGAAACCAGUGGUGAGCGUAGGAGGAGACAAGACUUGGAGUUCAGUAAUGGUAGGAGGAGAGGGUGGAAGUGGUGGAGUAAGCUUGAGUGGAGGGAGCGGACCAUCAUUUCUAGCCCACCAGUCGCCUCAGUUCCAAGCGGAGUUCCCCUCACUACUUGGGGAGGGAGGGGUCCCGGGCCCCCCUCCUCAGGGGGGUGAAGGCGGAUAUGGCCCUGGUCCGUCUCUUCGCCCUCAGACUGAAGGAUCCUGGGCUCAUGGUGGAGGAUAUCAGGCCCCUCCGCCGACACAGGACACUCAACCCCGGCCUCUCACUCAGUUUCCUCCUCCGGUUUCCACUCCUAAUAUUGUUCCGCAAUAUAAGGGUGUAGUACCAUCAUUUAUGUUAAAUAGCAGAGCUGGUACUGGUAGCAACAAUAGUACUGAAGUCAGUGGUGCUGCUGGUGGUGGUGGCGGUGGGACUGGUGGUGCAAGUUUUGGAAAAUUUCCUGGCAGCAUCUUCCCUAGCAACUUCCAGAAUCCUCCACCGAUUAGAACCACCAAUAAGUUUCAUGGUUCUGCAGAAAAUAGGUUUCUUGGUGGAGGUUCUCGACCACCACCAAUGGCUGAUCCUGAAGACUUGAUUCCUCGUCCAAUAAUACGAGAAGAAGAUCUUAACAGAAUGGAUGAAAUAUCUCGAGAUACUGGUUGGGCAACUCAAGAUGACAUUGAUUAUAAUCAGAAAUUGGCCUUUAGUGAUGAUGAAAGUACUGGGAAUGAUGAAGACAAGGAUAGAGUGAAAUCAUUAUCUUUACAAAGUAAAGAAGAAAAGAAAGAUACUGAAAAUGAAAAGGAGAAUCGUGAGAAGAUUAAUAUCAAUGAGCGUCUCGCAGAAAAGAAUAAUCAACCUUGGCAAGGCAGAAGCUCAGCUAAUAUUCCUCCAUCUGACUUUAGAAGUCCACUCUCAAGACUACCUCAUCCAAAUACUCGUGAAAUGGAUAUGGAUGAUGUAUGGAAAGAAAAAAGAAGACAAACUUCUGAACAAGUAGCUGCAGUAGCUGAAAAAGCUAAACAGCGUAAAGAAGAGGAAGAAAAGCGAUUUGAGGAAACUCGUUCUAAAACUGAAAAUGAAAGAAAGAAGAAGGAAGAUACCGAAAAUGAUUGGGAAAAGGAAGAAAAGAAAGAUUUAGCUGAAGCAUUUAGACAAAUGACUCAGUUGGAACCAAGGAAUUACCCACGCCCAGAACCUCAACAAUCUUACCCAAGGUAUUCGAAUCCUUUGCUACCUCCAAGAUUUCAAAAACAACAAAACAUAAGACAACAACAACAACAGCAGCAAGCUGGAAGUUCAGAAAAUCGUUGGGGAAAUAAUCAGCAUUUUCCCAGUAAUAAACAAAGGACACGAGGUGAGAGUGAUGAAAAUAAGGAUAAAGAAGAUGACAGGGAUAAGAGAGAGAGAAAUACCCCUGAACCUAGUGAAAGGUUCAGGUCUAGCAACAUGCGCAAUGACAGAGGUUAUGAUAAUAACAGGAAAAGUGUUGGGUAUUAUGACAACCAACAUGAUUAUCCCAGAAGUUAUCACCGAGACAAUGACCAAGAAAGGGAUAGAAAUAAGGACUCAGAAUCUCGAAUGCGUGAUAGAGAAAAUGAAGUUGAAUGGGAAAACCGAAGAAUGGGAAAUUCUGCUUGGGAUGGAAAUAGAAAUUUUGAAGAUAACAAACCUAUGAAUCGGAGAGAUAACAAAAAACCCAAUGAAGGCUAUAAUAAACCUCAUCCUGGUUUAUUUGAUGACCGAGAUAACGAUUGGAGAGAAAGACCUGCUGAAAAUCGUGAUAGGCCUGUGAGGCCAGAUUCAAGAGAUAGCCGAGCAUCUCGAGAUAGCAGAGCUUCAAGAGAAGAUACCAGGUCCAUUCAAGAUACUGUUACUAAUGAUUAUUCUUGGACUGAGACUGAAUUCGAAAAAGAGAUUCAUGAAGAAAGACCUCGAAGAAAAGAAAAUUAUAAAGAAGAUCGGAGAGAAACACAGCCCUCUAGGCGAGAAGGCUAUGUUCCAGGACCAAUUACUAAAGAGAAAAUGGAAGCUUAUGAGCAUAAACAUAAUAUGGCUCAGGUCAUAAAGCAAGAGAAGAAGGAAUUGUUGGGUUCAGCUUCAUUAGAAAACAAAAAUAUUGAAGAAGAUAGUUGGAAGAAAACAGAGACAAGCAAUAACAGUAAUAAUGUUUCUUGGGCCGAUUCUGCUGAUGACAAUUCAGGUCAGCAGCAGCAGCAGCAAUCAUCACCACCUCAGAGCAAAGGAGCUUCCGAACCAUCAACAUCUGUUCCUGCAUCUAGUCCAGCGGAUGAUAAUAGCAACGAUAGAGCUAGUAUUAAAGAAGAAGUUAUCACAGUUGAUAAAAAGAAAGAUAUCUCCAUUAAUAGUAACAGUAAUGCUAUUAGCAAUAAAGAUAAGGGGAUGGGUGUUGGCAGAGGAGCUGGUGGAAGAAGCGGUAGUGGUAGCGGUCGAGGAAACUGGCAACAUUAUUCCAACAACUAUGUCUUUUAUCGAGGCACUGGCUCUUGGGGCAAUAACAAAGACACAAAUAGGAAAGGGACUUCAAAGCCUGGUAAACAUUGGCCCCCUGCAUCAGAUUCUGAAGCUUCAGGGGAUGAAGUUUCUGCCUCAACUGAAUCUGGAAAAGAAGAUAAGAAAAUUGACAGAAAACAAAUUCCUAGAUCUCCAAAGUCAGGAGAAAGGAAAAAAGACAAAGACGAUCGUAAUCGAGACCCCAAAAAAAAUGAAUCUAAUGAAAAGUCUGUUGGUGGAAAUACAAACCGUAAGUCUCAACAACAGCAACACUUACAGCAGAAUUCCCAACAACAGUCCAAUCAAGGACCACAAGCUCAGGUGCAAACAUCCAAUAUGUCAAGUCAGAACCAGCAGCAAGGAGGAGGCUACGAUAGUGGAGGAGGUAGAAAAGAAGGCUUUCAGCCACGUGGCGAACCAUCCCGUCGUGGGAGGGGAGGGUUUCGAGUGUCUGGUGGAAGAGGUCCCCACAUUGGAGCUCACUAUGGCCCUCCAGGAUCUAAACCAGCAUUUCCAACACCACCACCCACCAAUAAAGAAGAAGAAGCAGCUGAUUCCAGCUCUGAGGAGAAGAAAAGACCCAUCAUUACAGGCCGCAAAGACCAGAGGAAAGGUGACAGUGAUAGCAGUAGAAGCAGUAAAACAAAAUCUGGCAAAAUCAAACGUGAUCAAGAAGAAUGGGAAACUACUAGUGAAGGAAGUGAUAGCGAAGCCAAAGGAAAGCAACAGAGGCUACUGAAUAAGAAAAACACUCAAAGGUUAAAUAAUGACAAGAGAGGACCUUUUAAUUCGAGUCAAAUAAAUGGUCGACCUAGUCGUCUUGAAGAAGCUAAAAUUGAUGACAGGCUGAAUAAAGAAGAUGAUGAUAAUCAGCACCUCACUAACCACACAGAUGUCUAUCAUACAAAUAAUGGUUUUCAAGAAGUAAGGAGUAAAAAGACCGGGAAGGAUAAUAGACCUUUAAGCAAGGAAGAGCUAAAAAAGAACCGAGGUAAAGAUAAUAAGGGUAAAGGUCCUCAAGGUGGAAAUUCCAAGGGUUCACAAGGUAAAUCUUUCACUCGAGAGUGGAGCAACAAACCACCUAGAAUGCAGAGGAUGGCUGCAUACCUUCAGCAACAACAGCAACAGAGUCAUCAAGAAGUUUCUGAUAUGAACAAACUCAACAACCAAAACAUCACUAUGUUUCCAAUUCGAACUGAAGUAAAUUGCCCUGCUCCUGCACCUCCUCCGCCUGUGAAUGCCUGGGACAAACCAAUAACCGCUGCUCUACGAACAACGCCGCCUCCUGCUAACCUUCAGCACCUAGCCCCUUCUAUUGCUAAUUCACAGGAUAAAAAUGUCAUAGAACUGAACGAUCAUGGCCAGUCCGGAACCAGCAGCCAGACCAGUAGCCCUAGCGCCGAAAAAGCUCUUUCAAAAAUGGGAAGAGAGGCUGUUGAAAAAUCAUUAUUGGACGGAAGUACACCUCCGGUACAGACAAUUAUUUUUGAAAAUACUAAUUACAAAGUAGCCCCGAAUGAUAUGAACAUGAAACCUAAAUAUCCUCUUAAGGGCCAAAGAAUAGAUAAAGGAAGAGUUGAACGUAAGUUAGAUGAAGAAUUGGAAGAUGGAGCUCAUUUGGGCUUGGGUUUUAAACCAGGUAAUGAAAUAAAACCUGGCGAAAGUAAACCUCAAGAGCCUAUACAAAUGCCUAUGUCUUUCAGUAAGAGUGAAGAUAACGCAGAUAUGAAGUUGGAUUUCGCAUUUGAUUCUGAUCUGUCCCAGUUGACCGACGACAAGAGCAAUAUUCCUCGAUCAAUUCACCAAGUCCUAGGUCAAAAUUCGGCUGCAGAUUUGAAUCAGAAGAUAGCUUCUGUAAAAAAGGUUUGGGAAACACCUGGUUCAAUGAUGGAGCACCAGCACCAUGACGAGGUUGUAUCCACUUCCUCAUCGUUUACUCCAAAUUUUGGUUCUGCUGUCGAUACAUCAUUGGACCAUUCUUCAGUUCAUCAAGUUGAUGAUACUUCUUUCACUCCUGAUGUUUAUGCGCAUCAGAAUCCUGCAAAUCGAACCAACUACUUCAUCAUUGCUGGACCUCAGAUGCAAGGCAGUGCGCCAGGGUAUGCAAGCGGUGGUGCCAACAUAAUUAAACAGGACCCAUCAAAUGCAACCAGCAAUGUAUGUAAGGUGAAGCCGCAGCCUCAGCAGGCAGUGAUAUCUUCUGCAAUAGGAACACAUUCCGGGGGACCUAGUCUCUCCUCUCCACCUCCACCUUUCUCCCAGCAGGGUCACUUCAAUUAUCAGACUCAGUAUAGUAACAUACCCGCUAUACCCUCACCCCCGGCUGUCCUGAUUAACUCUCCAGCUGGUGGGCAACAAGUUCCCCCAAGCCAUCAAGGCGAAUUGUAUCAUUCCUUCCCAAUUGGGGGACCUACCGUAAUAGGAAGUCAACAAGCUAGAUCUGGUUUCUCUCAAUUUCCUUAUGGAUUGGGUCAGAGCCUAGGCGGCACAUCGGCAUUUAGUCAGCAAAGCUUGUACCACUUGCCGCAAGCAGCUGUUCCGCCUAAUCCACCUCCAGAUGUCUUCCAAUCAAUAUCUCAAUAUAGAAUACAGCCGUCUGCCUAUGGUCAAUCUCAGCAGUUGAGUAACAGUCCUUCUACUGUUCUCAUUACCUCCUCGUCUAAUUCGUUGAUGUCGGCUAGUGUCAAAUCAUCACCACAGCCUCCUCCUAUUGGCGCCAUCGGCUCAAAAGGUGCUUAUCAAUCAUCAGCAGUCCCAUCUCAAGUACAACUUGGAUUCAUCCCAUAUGAUACUACUCCAAUUCUACCUCAAAGUUUUCUGCAGAAUUCCCAACUCGUUCAGAGGCAUGGAGGAAACAACGUUGUUCCUACAAUUCAGCCUCCAACAUCAUAUUACUCAGGUUCUGCAGGAGGACAAACAGGUCUGUUUCAACCAGGGAGCUCUAUCUUAGCAGGAGGUGGGAGCCAACCAGCUGCUCUCCACAACGCAGCUACUGCUUUCGGUAUGCAGGGCUUCAGUGCUCAAUCGACUGCUCCAGCUCAGCCUCCUUCCAAUAACCCCGUCGGGGUACCUUAUUCCUCCCAGAUGGGACAUUUCAGGGGACAAGCCCCAGCAGCUUACCUCAAGGCUGCUGGUGGUAACCCUGUUACUGGCCAGCAUGCAUCUGAUCCAGCAAAAUCACCUUCGACCAAUCAAGACCUUGUAAACUCGGUUUUUUCUACAGGUGGUGGUGGACAAAUCCCUUCUCCUAAGUCGAGGAACAGUGGUUCUGGUGGUAAACAGCCCCAAACACCCCAGCAACCAUCACCUACCCAAGGACAUCACAAGUUUGCUUCUUACCCGGCACAACCAAACUUGGUGAUGCAGGGAGGUGGCAACAACCAACAACAGCAGCAGCUAGGUGGGCGUGGCGGUGUCCCUCCUGGUCCUCAAGGUGUCAGGACCGGAAAUAAUAACGGCAAUGGUUUGGGCGGCAACGCUGGUGUCGCUCGCUAUCCUACACCUAUCCAAAGGCCUGCUAGCUACCCGGGACUGCAGCCUCAAAGGCAUAGGGUGCCACAGCAGUCCCGUCCACCACCAGUCUCACAGCAACAGCACCUGCAAAAGAUCUCCAGCCAGUACUAUCAACAGCAAGGUAACCCUGUAAAACUUGAUGUUGAAGGCAAGAGCGAAGGAGAUAAAUUGCAGGAGCAAACUAACCCGGGAAAUACUAAACAAGAAAAAAAGGAGGAAACAACCAACAGCUCUGAACAGUAACAAUGUCCGCUCAUCAGGAAGAAAUGGAUCAAAUCUCAGCCGACUGCUCUGCUUUAUCGGAGCAGGCUUUUCUUUAUCUUAUUAGUUAUGGGUUAGGGUUGGCUCUGUACCACUUCGGCAGAGCAAAGAGCAUACUAGCUAUCGUAUUGUAAUUUUGCUAUUGUAACCCUCUUUAUAUUACGUGAAAGUUCCUCGUUUCUCUGUUAUCGAGCACUGAGAUGAUGCUAUUUUAUGGAUUACUUCUAUGAUAGCAUAUGAAUGUUUAAUACAUUUAAAAUAUAAAUAAAAACAAAUUGAGUUCUCUCUGCAUCUUCAACAACUUUAGGAAGACGACGAAAACAACAUCUAUAAGGUGUAGAUCCGAAAGGGUGUCGGCCCUAAUUUAGAGCUCCCUGGUCUUUGCUAGUAUGAUUUUUAUUAUCGUGUAUGUGCGUAUCCGUGUGAUUCCUUGGUAAUGAACUCCAUUAUUUUAACUGUGUUAAUUAUUAGUGAACAAUGUAUUUGUUAUUAUAAAAGUAUACAUAAAUAUAGAGGAGAGUAUUGGAGCUGCUGACCAGAAGAUGAUCUGUAUCUGAAGUUAAAUCAACUUAUAUGUGGUCUUAUUCUCUUAGUUGUGAAUUUCGAGUGAUUUUCCUGAAUGGAGUGUACUUCUGCUGAAAGAUUUUGCCUCCAUCGUUAAAAAAUAAAAUAAGAAAAAGCUAUUGUUCCAUUGUAAUAAAAUAACAUGCUAUCAGGCUUUAUAAGAAUGAUAUCCAUGUGUUAAUUAUUAUCAUAGAAACUAAAUUAAUGAGAAAUGGUAUUUAAUAAACAAAAAAAAUAUAUAUAAAUAUAUAUAUUAUGUAUAUCCAGAUCAAUUUAUGGGGGUUAGACUGCAAUUUAUGCAUGUUGUAAAAAUAAGGUAUUGAUUCUAAGUGUUUGGCUAUAGCCAGUGAUUUUGAGAAACUGUUUUCCCCCAUGUUCUUAUAAAUUGUAGGCACACUUGAAUCUGUACAGCUAUUAACAUGGCUUCAUUUUUUUAGAACGUUUGUAUUAUUUUAUUCGAUUUAAGUUUCUUGUAAAUCAAGAUUUACAGAUAACAGAUAGCUGAGUGUAUUUCAAUUAUGUAUCUAACUUAAUUAAAUGGUGUAAAUUGUUUUUUGAUUAUAUUAUAUAUGUGUACAUUCUUGAAAAUAAUUCCAAAAUCUCUGUGGUCAUAUUUUUUCCCAGCUCAAAUAUGCUAUCUGUCUAUUUGUCUAUAGUUGCAAUAAAUAUAAAUUUUCUGGAAACUGCCAAAUUUAAUGUAAUUUACACUUUGUUUACCUAUUUAUUACUUAAGAAUGAAAAACAUAUUGCAAUUGUGUAAGUACAUUCCUAGACUUAGCCCCACAAUGUUCCUUUUUUCCUACCUUAAUAUACCCAUUGAAAAAAGGAAAAAAUAUGCCUCCUUCUUAAUUAUAUUAAAUGUUUACUAAGUUUUAGUUUUAAUUUUAAUUAUUCCUCUCCAUACAUAUUUUUUUUUUAUUCUGC